AUUGGUUUUUCACUCUGGGGUUGCUUUGUUUUCUACAUUGGUUGCUCCCUUCGUCAGCUGGUUUCUUGCUAUUGACAGAAACUAGAGAUAUUUUGGUUGUGGAUGAAAGUGAUUUGAAUCUUUUUUCUACAAUGGAAUUCAAUACAAAGGUGAUAUAGAUUCUUGGGAAUUGGAUACAUUUUCUUCUUGUUGCAGUGGAUUUUCUUGGAUUAGUAUAUGUACAUUACCAUGGCUGAGAAGCAUCGCUCCGCUAUCACAAGGAAAUCUUUCUUUUGCUUGUUUUUAACGACUACAAUGUUGUUUGUAUUAUCCUGGUUGUUUGUGUUACGUUCAACAGGCCGUCCUAGCUUCUUUGAUCGUAAAUUGUUGCCUUCUGGAAAGCUUCUUACCGUUAUUAACAAUGGCGAUUCCGAAUCUUCAAAUCGAGCGGUUCUUACAAAUAAUGAAAGAGAACAUGAAGAAGAAGGAGAAGAACCUCCAAAGAGAGAAGAAGGAUUCCAAGAUAGGGAUGGGGCAAUGAAUUGUAAUGGGAAUGUUAAAGAACCACUGAAGAUUUUCAUGUAUGAUUUAGAACCUGAGUUUCAUUUUGGACUCUUGGAUUGGAAGCCCCAAGGAGGUAGUGUUUGGCCUGAUGUUAGAACCAGAUUACCCUCUUAUCCUGGUGGAUUGAAUUUGCAACAUAGUAUAGAAUAUUGGCUGACAUUGGACCUCCUAGCUUCAGAAAUUUCUGACAAUCCCAAUAACCAUGUUGCAAUCAGAGUGCAAAAUUCUAGUGAAGCUGAUCUCAUAUUUGUACCCUUUUUUUCUUCAUUGUGCUAUAAUCGAUUUUCCAAGGUGAACCCCCAUCAGAAGAGGAGCAGGAACAAGGUGUUGCAAGCCAAGUUGGUAAAGUUCGUGACAGCUCAAAAGGAAUGGAAGAUGUCAGGGGGGCGAGACCAUAUUAUUAUGGCUCACCAUCCCAACAGUAUGCUAAAUGCUAGGAUGCAACUAUGGCCUGCAAUUUUCAUACUUGCAGAUUUUGGUAGAUAUCCACUAAAUAUAGCAAAUGUUGACAAAGAUGUGAUUGCACCUUACAAACAUGUAAUCAAAAGCUAUGUCAAUGAUACAUCUGAUUUUGAUAGCAGGAAAACUUUGCUGUUCUUCCAGGGAGCCAUAUACAGGAAAGAUGGUGGAUACGCUCGGCAGGAGUUGUUUUAUCUUCUAAGAGAUGAACAAGAUGUACAUUUCUCAUUUGGAAGUGUUAAAAAGGACGGAGUCAACAAAGCCAGCCAAGGAAUGCACUCAUCCAAAUUUUGCCUAAACAUAGCAGGUGACACCCCAUCAUCCAAUCGCCUCUUUGAUGCCAUUGCCAGCCAUUGUGUUCCUGUCAUUAUCAGUGAUGAGAUUGAGCUCCCAUAUGAAGAUGUUCUCGACUACUCCGAAUUCUGCAUAUUUGUUCGUACAUCAGAUGCUCUAAAAGAAAAAUUCCUCAUAAACCUCAUUAGGAGCAUUAAGAAGGAAGAUUGGACUCGAAUGUGGGACAAGUUGAAAGAAGUUAAGCCUUUAUUUGAGUAUCAAUAUCCAUCAAAGGAAGGUGAUGCUGUUCAAAUGAUAUGGCGGUCAUUGGCACGCAAGGUUCCUGCUGUUAAGAUGAAGGUAAACAAGUCUAGGAGAUACUCUCAUUCUGUUCCUCGUAAAGAGAGAGGGUUAAGAACUAUACCAGCACCAAAUAACUUCUGGUGAGAAAGGGAAACAAUUUUCACAUUCUUUUAUGGAGUUGAAGCAUUUUUGAGAUCUUGAUAUCAAAGAUGCCCUAAAUUUACUUCAGAUGAUUCACACAUCAAUCCUCAUCCAACAGGUUUGUAAUUUAAAUCCUACCACCAGCAAUCUCUUCCUCUAUCUUCAGACUGUGACCGUUAAAGAAAAAAAGAACCAUACUAAGCAAUCACUUCAUUUGUGGCUGAUGUUUUAAAUUCCUUGUUAAUGAACUCACUCUUCAUCUUUAAAAGGGUAUGUGACUUCCAUGUAACUGAAGUUCGAAUCAGUUGAAGUAUUAAAAAUCGGUUCAGAUCUUUGUAGUUAUGUACAUAUAUUUACAUAACAUAUUUGUCCUGAAAGAGUGUACAUAUUAUUUUGUUCUUCACAAAGUUUUUGCUCAAUUUUUAGAAGUGCAAAUCCUGGAUGAUGAGGUCUGCUGCUCUGGCUCUAUGUCUAUUCUAUAGCGCAAAAUUGAAUUUCAUUUCAUUUCUACAGU